AUGGCUUUGGCUCUUCUCUCACUCCCGAGGCACAGCUAUCUUCAGCCACGCCUCUCACAAAUGCCCUGGCACCGCUCUUUGUCCUCAAGCUCACCCCGGACUCCGGCGACCGCAUUCACAACGGAGCCACUGGUGCACGACAUAAGAAAGGGGCUCAAAUUCGCCAUCAAGACCACGAUAGAUGAAUGGCCACCAUCUUGCGAGAUAGUUGAUGCCUGUGUGGCGGAGCAUACCGUCGGAAAGCGGGAGAUUCGGGGUGUUUGCUGA